AACUUUGCUGAGUGGUCAUUCAAGAUGGAGAACAUCUUUGACCACUAUGAUCUGUUGGAGGUGAUGGAAGGAACAGAGAAGCGCCCCGAGAACGACCCGGAGAAGAGCCCGUGGGUGCGGAAGAGCGCACAAGGCUAUCUUCUACUUGGGCAAGCGUUGGGGAGCAGCCAAAUCCGUCACAUCAAGCCUUUUCAGCGUGAACCAGCAAAGGGACCAAAGGCAUGGGCUGCUCUCAAGGGUGUACAGGCUCCAAGAACAGCAGCGGUGGCUAAGGUUUUGUAGUGGCAAAUGGCGGCACUUCGAUUUGACGAAGGCGAACGGGUGGAGGAAGGAGUGCAGAAAUUCUUUGACUUGAUGACACGGCUCGAAGGAGGUGACCUGAACUACAGUGACCUUCACAAGAAGACCAAGCUACUGGCCAUACUUCCGGACUCAUGGU